AAGACUUUACUCCUCCCUCUGUUGGGUUUCCAUCAACAUUCGCUUCUCCCUUUUAUUCUUCCUUCUUCUCCACUCUCUCUUCUCCUUCUUCGAUCUCUCUCUCCUUUCAAUCCAAAAUCACCUAAACAAUUUACACACACUCACUCACACCAUCGCCUCUCUCUAUCUCCCUAUAAUACACACACUUAUAUUAACGGGUUGCAGAUCGGAGCUUCUGGCAGAUCCGAUUCAAUUCUAUAUUCCUUCUUUCUUUGGUGCUCUCCCAAAUCUGUUCCAGAUUCUUGCUGAAGUAGGCUCUUUGUGAAGCUUUUUGGAUGACCGUGUAUCGAUAUUUGGAUAAUGACUUCAAGUAUGUUGGCAGGGGAGAAAAGGUGGGCUUCUACAAGAAGAGGUGGCAUGACUGUUCUUGGAAAAGUGGCUGUCCCAAAACCAUUGAACUUGCCCAGUCAGCGGUUAGAGAAUCACGGUUUGGACCCAAAUGUUGAAAUUGUUCCCAAGGGUACAUUGAGCUGGGGUAGCCGUACAUCUUCCUCUACGUCAAACCCGUGGGGUUGCUCAACGCUCUCUCCAAAUGCUGAUUGUGGAACGAGCUCACCAAGUCAUCUUAGAUCCCGCCCUUCAUCUGGUGGGAGUGGCACUCGACCUUCAACUGCUGGUAGUGAUAGAACACAAGAACCUAUUACCAGUGCAUGGGGUACCAAUUCUAGGCCUUCGUCAGCUUCCGGGCCAUUAUCAUCAAACAAAGCACCAUCAACGUUGGCACGUCCACACAGUGCAGAGACAAGGCCUGGCAGUUCGCAACUUUCACGUUUUGCUGAGCCUGUUUCUGAACAUCCAGUAGCAUGGGGAGCAACAGCUACAGCAGAGCGUUUGGGAGUGCUGUCUUCUAAGAAUGAAGGAUUUUCUCUGAGUUCUGGGGAUUUUCCUACUCUUGGAUCGGAUAGAGAUGUAUCUGGGAAGACUACUGAGUCACAAGAUCGUGAUUCUUGUAGCCGUCCUAGCUCUGCUUCUGGCAAAGUAGCACAGCCCCUAGAGAAGGCAACUGCAUCUCAUUCAGAUGUGAAGGGUGAGACAUUCGACGCAUGGAAAAGAGAUGGUCAAAGUGCUGAGGAUGGUCCUCAAUAUGGCAUGGAGAAAUGGCAAGGGGAUCCCCAUCACUAUCUUGGUCCUAAUGUUCCACCCCAUCAUUUUGAUGCAUGGCAUGGGCCUCCUAUGAAUGCUCCUGCAGGAUUCUGGUAUAGAGGACCACCUGGGGGGCCACCUUAUGGAGCUCCAGUUCCUCCUGGUGGUUUCCCAAUUGAACCAUUCCCCUACUUUCGACCCCCGAUUCCACCUCCUGCUAUUGCAAAUACACAGCCAGUUCCUCCUCCGGGGCCUGGAUCCAGAGGGCACCAUCCCAGAGGUGGAGAUAUGUAUAGACCCCAGAUUACCGAUGCUUAUA